GACAAGACAUUUCUGAAAUGUCAGCUGUGUUUCGAACAAAAUAGACGUAUUUUUGUGUAAUAAUAUUAAUUUAAUGAUUUUAUAUUCCUAAGUUGAUUAUUGAAAAUGGGAGCCUUAACAAGUAGGCAAAAUGCUGGUGUUGAAGAAGCAGAUGUAGUGUCUAAUCAUGCAUACAAAUAUCCUCCUCGAUCAGGUAAUUACUUCGGGAGCCACUUUAUCAUGGGUGGUGAAAGGUUUGACACACCACAGCCUGAAGCAUAUUUGUUUGGAGAAAAUGCUGACUUGAAUUUCCUUGGCAGCAGACCUACACCUUUCCCCUACCCCCCGCCACAGUCCAAUGAACCGACAAAAACAUUGAAAAGUCUAGUGAACAUACGUAAAGAGUCUCUGCGGUUUGUGCGUUGUCCGGAACCAGUUGGCAAGUUGGCAGAGAACAAGAUUGGAGAUGGCUUGAACAAAUCGGUAGACAAUAAUGGCAAGGGCACAUACUACAAUAUUGAGUUCACAUUUGAUUGUGACGCAAGAUGUGCCAUUACUAUCUUCUAUUUCUGUACCGAGGAAGUUACUCCUACUGGUGUAGUGUACUACCCGCGCGACCCUGCGAUGAGUUCUCAGACAUACCAUUAUAAGAAAGGUGCCAACCAGCAGUUCUGUCAGAUAUCACAUGUGUUUGACCCUUCAAAGCACCCUGAAGAAGACUUGGUCUACAAUGCGGACAGGGAGAUCAUACCUAUUGCUAUUUACUGCGUCGUUGAUGAGGGACAAGAAGAAAUAAGGCAGUCCCACACGACGAUCGCGGUGGUGGAGAAGCACUCGGACGGCACGUACGUGCUGAAGGCGCUGAAACAGAAGCUGUUCGUGGACGGCCUGUGCUACCUGCUGCAGGAGAUCUACGGCAUCGAGAACAAGAACCUCGACACCAAGCCAAGUUCGGACGAGGAGACAGAGGACGGUGGGUCGGAGUGUGUGAUCUGUAUGUGCGACGUGCGCGACACGUUGAUCCUGCCGUGCCGGCACCUGUGCCUGUGCAACUCGUGCGCCGACUCGCUGCGCUACCAGGCCAACAACUGCCCCAUCUGCCGCGCGCCCUUCCGCGCGCUGCUGCAGAUACGCGCGCUGCAACGACGCCCGGACAACGCGCCUGCUGCACCCGCUGCCGCGCCUGAUGGUAGCACGGAGAACAUCCCGCUGGGCUACGAGCCGGUGUCGCUGCUGGAGGCGCUGAACGGGCCGCACCCCGCGCGCGCCCUGCCCGCGCCCCGACCCGCGCCCGCCAUCGCCAGCCCCGACACCGACACCGCCUCGCAGGCAGCUGAGAUAUUGAACCGUUGCAACUUGGAGCGUAGUUCGUCCACCAGCCUGGGCAGCAGUGGCAGCAGGAAGGCCAAGAGUGGUUCCAAGGACGACGUCAAGAGUGUCCGGGACAGGUCCGCUGCACAAACUGUCACUCCCGAGUUCCGGAUGUCAGUGCUAUUGGCGCGCGAGGAGGAAGCCAAGCGCGCUGAGGAGAAGGCGGCCGCGGCCAACAGUCCGCUACUCUACAACCAUAAGAUUGUCAAUGGAGACAAGAUCUCUAAGUCGUCCCUAAGCCUGGAGUACCCGGGCGACAUGGAGUCGGUCCAGGAGGCGUCGGGCUCGGACGACGAGGCCCGCGCCGCGCCGGAGCCCGACAGUGACGCCGAGAGACUCUCGCCGCUACUCACGCACCCUACUGCUAACGGGACGGUGGCGAGUGCGUGCGAGGGCUCCCCGGGCGCGGCGCUGCGGCUGGCGGCCGGGCCCGCGCUGGCCCACAUCGACGACACCGACACCGACGAGCCCGACCACAAGCACAACUCGAGCGGAACACAGUCUCGUAACGAUGCGGAGUCGCCGGCGGUGGCCGAGGACUCUGAUUAUUUCACGCCGGAAGACACCAACACGACCAUUCUGACCGUUCCUAAGACGAACAAACUUGCCGAGCCAACUAACAAUGGAGAUUGUACUCCUCAGCGUUGGGCCCUGCCACAUCACGUCACAUCACUUCCCGGAACGCCUCUGAGCCAGUCUAGCGUGCGUUCGUCGGGCGACUCGUACAGUUCGACGUCGUCGACGCGUCAGUUGCUGGCGCCCGUGGCGGGGUCCCCGCUGGCGACCGACACUGCCUGCUAGCGACCGACACUGCCUACUAGCGACCGCCGCGUCGCAAGCCUCGCCCGUACCGCCCAGCACAGCUCUACAACCACGUAGAUAUACUAUGCCACCUUACUGAAAUGUAUUGUACACUCGAAUCCAACGGAUUCUUGAAGUCUUACGCUUGCCUUUAAUAUAAUUUGAUCACUCUUUUGAAUAUGAAUAUCGGUCUAUAUACUACACUCUAUCUAUAUUCAAUAGAUUUCCUUAUUCAAAUGAUAUAUGGAAGAAUGAGUGGAUACAAAUAAUAAGAAACUGCAGAAAUAAAAACAAUAAGAAAUGCAGAAAUUUGCAAUAUAGACUUUGAAGAAAAUGAUUUGUAUAAAACUAAAGGUGAACUUUUUACUUGUAAAGUUCGAAAAUAUUUGCGUUGCCAGUUCGAAAAUAUUGAUUCCGGUAAUUAUUGGGUCAAUAACCAAUGGUGCGUUUGGAAUGACACACACAUAAAAAAUACGAGUAUGUUUGUAGCAAAUGUGCGCGGUGCACGGUGCACGGUCGGUAUGCGACCCAUCCUACUUCACGUACGAAACAUACGUACGACACUAUCCGUAAAAAUAAGACAAAUAAGCUUUGUAAUAUUAUAAUUGUAAUGGGUAUAAUGUUUUGCAGCUAUAUUAAACUUUAAUCAUAAGUAUAAAUCAUCGCAUGACAUGUAAAAAGUAGGUUACCCAAGCUUCUAGCAUAGGAACACUAAUGGUGCAAGAUUUCUGUUAUAAUAGUAUUAUUAAAAAACCGAGUUUUGAUGUAUAGAUGGUAAAUUGUAUUAAAAUUAUUAUUGUAAGAAUAUAUUAUAGCCAUAUAUAAUAUAUGUAUAUUUAUUCGUUAUGAAAUAUCAGUGCCAAUGGUACAUAAGAUAUAAUAAAUUAUGGAUUAGUAAGGCUGAAACUGUUUACUCAGAAGCAAGUAAUGUGGAUUCAUGAAUACAUGUGGGGUGCAUUUAGAUCAUUUGUUUUGUAUAUAUUUGCACUAAUAAGUAACCACCCAUGUCUGUCCUUUGAAUUGCAAAUUUUAUUGACCAUUGUCUUGAGUUUUUCUUGACAUUUACAUAAUGCUCAAUUUUACUAAAACUUGCUCUUAUUUUGCAAUAUUAUAGCAAUCAAGAAUAAAACAUAAUUUGGUGAUUUUGAUUAUAAUCUGUUUCUGAAGCAAAUAUGUUAAUAUUUUGUGUUAGUUAAAUCUUUAUAGCUUUUUAUCGUUUAUUAUGGCUCACUGUCAAUUUGGUUGAUUCCAUGUAUUGUUACUGAACUACAACAGUAAUGUCUUUUACUUGUAAGAUCUGUGUGUCUGGUUAUUACAAGAUGCAUUCAAAUUGGUCCAUUUGAGUAAAAGUAUUGUUGGACACUUUAUAGACUGAUGAAGAACAUUCCUUUAUAUUCAUUGAAAGAAUCUCAAAAAUUAUAAGUGUCGUAAAUUGUAGAUACACAUUGUAUUAUUGCCUAACUAAUAUUUUCUUAGUGUAUUGUUUGAUUUAAAAUAAAAUUUACUAAUAUUAAAA